CACGGGGCCGUCCCUCCGCACGGGGCCGUCUCUCCGCACGGGGCCGUCUCUCCGCACGGGGCCGUCUCUCCGCACGGCCUGCCGGGAGCGCCAUGGCGGCGCCCGCGUACCCGGCCUGGGUGAGCCGCUGGGUGUCGGGGCAGUGGCGGCUGAAGAAGCGGCCUCCUGCCAUCCGCCCCACGAGGCCGCUGGCGCUGGCCGACAAGGUGGCCAACCGCAAGGAGCAAGCGGGAGAGGCCACGUGUGUUACGGAGAUGUCUGUGAUGAUGGCGUGCUGGAAGCAGAACGACUUCAGUGAUACAGCUUGUGCCAAGGAGAUCCGCCUCUUCUAUGACUGCGUGGCAAAGGCAGAGAGGGAGCGCAAGGAUCAACAGGGGGAGCACGCGCUGUCACCCAGGGGAAACUUAACCUCAGCUCAAGUGAACAAGCUACUGAGGAGGUUUCCUCAGCUCACACGUUACGUGUGAUGUGCUUCACUGGAGGGACUGUGGACAAGCAAUUAAAGCUGGAGUCUGUGGCAAAAAUAA